UUAGAAUCUCAUCACCCUUUGUUUAUUCUUUCUUUUGCUAGCUCGUCUGGCGGAAUAAAGGUAGUGUCGCAGGCGAGUGUGCAACUGCCAACAAAGGAAUAUUGCCCUCCCAAGACGUAGAAUUCACCACAGGAACCUGGGCAUUAUUCAAGGCCACUACAGGAAGCAAACAUUGGCACCACUUGCAAACACAAAACACCAAGAGGUUAAAUCAACCAGCGAACCUUGGCCAUAAACCCCGAGGUUAUCAACUUGCGCAUCGACGAACUGAAAAGAUAAAAUGCCCCUCCGCAGACCAGCCAAGCUCACGGUCUCCGGUUUCUCGCCUUUCCAACCGCUAUGCUCCUCGAAUUUAUCUGGUCCUUCAUCUCCAACAAAUCCUCGUACUCCACUUACCCCACCACCCCGUCUCCACCUCCGUCCACUCAUCCCUGGCCCGCCGUUGAGUCCUGAAUUCCUAUCAACUGCACCUCCCACGCCUUACCCCUGGGUUUGGCGCUGCCACCUCUGUCAAUCCGUCUACAGAAUAGGGGUAACGCGCCGUUGUCUCGAAGAUGGACACUUCUUCUGCUCUCUGCCUACUCCACCGUCAUCCCCCGUUGACGACAACUCCGACAACGAGGACGGGACUCAGAGUAUGGAUGGAGAAAUGAAGCGCAAAGAGUGCCACCGACGCGGGAAGAUAAAAAGGGAACGCAAAAAACGGAGACAGCCUCGCCAAGUCCGUGGUUGCAGGAGCGAGUUUGAUUAUUCGGGCUGGAGUCGAUAUCAUAUUUGGCGGAGAGAGGUUGCGACUUUAAGAGCCAAGCACCGGAGGGUAGAGCGUGAGACUGCCAGCUUGGCUGGGGAAGAGAAGAAUUGUUGGAUCAACUGCGAUUUUCCUUCUGAGUGUCAUAAUUCCCGCCUUGAGCUCAUCCGCUCGCAGAGUGCUGCUACGGCCGAAUCUGUUAGAAGCGAACUAGAGGAUGCUCCGGAUACAUCUCUCUCUAGAACCCCUCAUUCACUCGUCUCUUCGGUUUCCGCGGACGAGGAUGAUGCGAACAGCAUGGUUGAAACUGAAGAAAGCGAUAUGGGAUGGGAUACAGAGCUGCUGAGUGUUGAUAUUGGUGUCGAUGGUUGCAAGCUGUUUGAUCGAAAGGAAGAGUGUUCAGAAGGUCGGAGCAGCCCAUUAAAGAUGUUUUUCUUAUCUACUGGGGAGGAACGCGAGAAUGGUAGAGAUGCUGAUAACGAUAGUGACAGCUAGUUCCAUUGCCCUUCUAGGAAAUCAAAUACCCCAGUACUACACGUUGAUUUAGGCAGAAUUAUUCACGUAAAUAGAUGGCGGCG